CUUUCUUUCUUUCUCCCUUUUUUUUUAAAAAAAAAUCAACGCGAAACGCACAUCAUUCCACUCCCCGGUCUGUGCGCUGCAAGGGACGGGGAUGUCAUCCCGCUUCGUCUCAGCAGGUGCCAUCGACGCCGCCACAGGCGAGGCGGCUUCUGCUUCUUCUUCUUCUUCUUCUCCCCUCCGCUCCUCAGCAGCAGCUCCGCCUAAACCACCACCCAGUAAGAGACAGCAGGAAUGGGCCGAAGUCACAGCCCAGCUCGAAGCCGAUCGCCGGCGCAGGGAAGAGGCCCGUCACGCCCAGCAGGCGGGCACGGCCCAGCAGGCGGAGAAGUCGCUAUACGAGGUGCUGCAGGCCAACAAGGCCGCGAAGCAGGCUGCCUUUGAGGAGGCGCAUCGCCUACGCAACCAGUUCCGGGCGCUGGACGACGACGAGGUUGAGUUCCUAGACGAGGUGAGGAUGCGGAAGCGGAGGGAGGAGGAGGAGGCGCGGAGGGAGGUGGAGAGGGGGUUGGCCGAGUUCAGGCGGAAGGCGCAGAGUGCUGCGAAGGCGGAGGCGGAGGGGGCUGAUGAUCAGUUAGACGAUGGGGAGGGGUUGGGUUUGGACGUGGAUUUUGCGGGCCGGAGGAAGAGGAGGAAGGGGGAGCAUGGGAGGGAUAAGAAGAGGGUCAAGGGUGUUGGGAUCGUCAAGAGGAGGGAGUCUGGGGAGGAGGGCGGGACGGGGAAAGACGGGGAGGGUAAUGAGGAUGAUACGGUGAAAGGAGAGGAGACCGGUACGGGUGGAGGAGUGAGGACGGGAGCACACGCUCCUGGGAACGAGGAUCCGAAAUCCGCGACAUCAAACCCAUCUCCAGCUCCAGCACCGGUUACAAGUACGGCAAAGUCUGCGGGCUUGCUUGUAGAUUAUGGUUCCGAUGACGAUGACUGAGGCACGCCACCACUCGCUGUCGCACGUAUGUAGGGCCACAGCUUUGCUGCCACUGUUUUCGGGAGGUGGACGACUCAACUUGAAUUCUAUCCCACAUUCCGCCCCACCUUCAAGGGUUGUGGACGGUUGCACGAUAGGAGACAGGGAAUCUGCAUGAAAAUACCCACGACCAAGCAGCUGGUGAGAUUCAUUGAGGAGUUUCAUUA